AGCUGUCUAACAGCAUGAACCUGAUGGACUUCUCGGACGAGAUCCUUUUGCACAUCCUGAGAUACAUCCCAGUCUCUGACCUCGUCCUGAACAUCAGGAGAGUGUGCCGGAAACUUGCCGCUCUCAGUCUCGACAAAAGCCUCACCCACUUGGUGAACCUGCACAAGGACUACCAGGUGGACAAAGACAAGGUGAAGCAGCUCAUGAGGGAAAUUGGGAAAGAGAUUAAUGAGCUGAACAUGGCCGGCUGCUACUGGUUGCCCGGCUCCACUGGCGACCAGGUGAUCCACUGCAAGAAUCUGGUGCGGCUGAACUUGUCCGGCUGCCACCUAACCUCCCUCCGCCUCUCCAAGAUGCUCUCCGCCCUGCAGCACCUCCGCUCGCUGACCAUCGACGUCAACCCGGGCUUCGACGCCUCCCACCUGAGCAGCGAGUGCAAAGCCACGCUGAGCCGCGUGCUGGAGCUGAAGCAGACCCUCUACACCCCCUCCUAUGGGGUGGUCCCCUGCUGCACCAGCCUGGAGAAGCUCCUCCUUUACUUCGAGAUCCUCGACCGGUCCCGCUUCAUCCUCUCCGGCCAGCUGAUGGUGGGUGAGAGCAACGUGCCCCACUACCAGAACCUCCGGGUCUUCUACGCCCGGCUCGCCCCCGGGCUGGUCAACCAGGAGGUGGUGCGGCUCUACUUGGCGGUGCUGAGCGACCGGACGCCGGAGAAGCUCCACGCCUUCCUCAUCUCCGCCCCCGGUGGCUUUGCCGAGAGCUGCACCGUCAAGAACCUUUUGGACUCCAUGGCUCGGAACGUGACCCUGGACGCCCUGCAGCUCCCCCGGUCGUGGAUGAAUGGCUCCAGCCUCCUCCAGCACUUGAAGUUCAGCAACCCCUUCUACUUCAGCUUCAGCCGCUGCAGCCUGUCCGGUGGCCAGUUGGUCCAGAGGGUCCUCAACGGCGGCAAGGACCUCCGCAGCUUGGUGGGCCUGAACCUCAGUGGCUGCGUCCACUGCCUGUCUCCGGGCUCCCUGCUGCGGAAGGCCGAGGACGACGUCGACAGUGGCAUCGUGGAGACCCUCGUCGCCUCCUGCUGCAACCUGCGGCACUUGAACCUCUCUGCCGCCCACCAUCACAGUGCCGACGACCUGGGCGGGCACCUGUGCCAGCUCCUUGCCCGCCUGAAGUGCCUCCUGUCUCUGGCCCUGCCCGUCUGCUCCGUCGCCGACCCGCCCGCCGUGGCCGCAGACAAGCCCUCCGUGCAGCCGGCAAGCGGUGCGUCGUCGCAAGGUUUCGGGAAGAAAGUCCGGAUUGGGGUGCAGCCUUACCCCAGGAACUGCCUGGAGCAGGGGAACCCCAAGCCUUCUGUGUUCUGGACUCUCCUCGGAAGCCUCCCUCGCCUGGAAAGGCUGGAGCUGAUCGGGUCCAGUUUCUCCUCGGCCAUGCCCAGGAAUGAGCCGGCCAUUCGGAACUCGCUGCCCCCCUGCAGCCGGGCGCAGCACGUGGGGGACUCGGAGGUGGCUGCCAUCGGCCAGCUAGCUUUCUUGCAGAGUCUCACGUUGGCUCAGCUGCCCAGCGUCCUCACAGGCUCUGGGCUUAUCAGCAUCGGGGCCCGGUGCCAGCAUCUGAGGACUCUUUCCUUGGCCAACCUGGGGAUGAUGGGUAAAGUGGCGUACAUGGCAGCCCUCAUGGACAUGUUGAAACACUGCAAAUGCCUGCGAGAUCUCAGGCUGGAGCAGCCCUACUUCAACGCCAACGCCCAGUUCUUCCAGGCCCUGAGCCACUGCUCCUCCCUCCAGCGCCUGUGCCUCAUCUCCCGGAGGGGGACGCUGCAGCCGGACGCUGUCGUGGCCUUCAUGACCGCUUGCCUCGAGGUCGUCAUGCUGCACAUGUUUACGGGGGAGUCCCUGACGCUUUGCAAGAGCCUUCAGCAGUCACUGAUAUGGAGUUUCCAGGCUGACCGACCUGCGUUAAACGUCGUUAUCUUCCCCCUCCUCCACGAGGACUUGACAGAGGUCAUCCGCGACGUCCCCAUGAUGCAUUUGGACGAGAUUACCCUGUUCAAAAGCCGAGUGGCCGAGGAACCGCCGAACCUGUGGUGGUGACCGCACCGUUAACGGGAGCAAGGGGGGGAAGUCUUCGGAAUGAGCAUGUGCAAGCGGCUGCUUCUCAUUGGCUGGGAUUCCCCGUUCUUGACCGUUAUGGCUGCUUUUCUGGGCGCUGUGCAAUUGCGGGGCAGGCCUGCCUGGGCGCGG